AUGCCUUUACGUGUUACCAGAGCAGAGAAGGCGGAUAUUCCCCAGCUGGUCGAUCUCUACUUCAGUACCUUCAAUAGUGCUUUGGUAUUGAAGAUCAAGCCUGAUGUGCCGCCCGUCCGUGGAUGGUUUGAGAAAAACCUGAGAAGCGACAUGGAGUUGCCACAUACCCAUGUGUAUAAGGUGGAGGAUAGCGAAGCCGGGCCGACGCAUUCAACGGGUGAAACUAUAGCAUUUGCCAAAUGGACUUCACCCCACACGGAGGAUACGCACGGGGGUCCCGCCGAGUGGCCGUCAGAAGGAGACGCCGCUCUAUUUGAGGAGGUCGUUGGCAAAGCGGCGGAGAAAAAGAAGACGUUGUUGGGCCAGGAGGAACAUUGGUAUCUAGGUGUCCUCGCGACGUUGCCAAAGCACCAACGUCGGGGUGCUGGAUCGCUACUUAUGGCUGAGUUCUGCAAGCAGGCUGAUCAGUCUGGGCUCCGAAGUUAUGUCGAGGCGUCGCCUCUCGGCAAAUCGACAUACGAACGAUUCGCAUUUGAGACACAAGAUACUUUCGAGGUUACCAUCGACGGUCAGCCCUACGUCGACAACUGUAUGGUUCGUGAACCACAGAGGUCAUCGUGA